UUGUGAUGGAACAAAUAAUCCGGCUUUGCGUCCUAUUUGUGGGAGGCCAUUAGGUAUGGAAUUCUUCAUCCGGAAGAAUAUGCUAUUUAUUGCCGAUGCCUUUCUAGGGCUGUUUAAGGUUGGACUAAAUGGAGGACUUGCGACUCAACUCGCCAAUGCUGCAGAAGGAAUACCCUUCAGAUUUCUUAACGGUUUGAGUGUUGAUCAACAUACUGGAGAUGUCUAUUUCACAGAUUUCAGUUCAAGAUUCCUGCAAACUCAAAUCCAACAAGCAGUUGCUGCCAAUGACUCAACAGGAAGGUUAUUGAAGUACGAUUACAGAACUAAAAACGUUACAGUGCUGCUAAGGCGCCUUUCUGGUGCAAACGGCGUUGCAAUCAGUUCAGAUAGCUCGUACGUACUUGUCGCCGAGUUCUUAGCCAACCGAACUCGGAGAUUUUGGCUACAUGGGACCAAAGCUUUUACGUCGGAAAUCGUGGCCACUUUUCGGGGAAUGCCGGAUAAUAUUAGGAGAGCCCCUUUCGGAAAUUUCUUGGUGGCAGUGAACGUAGAGAGACCAGCUGGGGGACCAAGGCUAAUCCCCACAGCAAUAAGAAUCAAUGGAGCUGGCCAGACUUUGCAGACUUUGCCUCUUGACCGAUACUACAACAACACUACUAUCAGUGAGGUUUUACAGUGUGGCAAGCAGUACUAUAUUGGCUCCGUGGAGGCAAAUUUUGUUGGUGUUUUCAACGGAUGAUGAUGAAGUUUAAGGAUUGGGUUUGGCGAAUUUAUAGGCUAGAAUGCCAAACCCUAAUAUAUUGUUGACUAAAAAUUUCCUUCCUGAAAACUAUAUAUAAUAAAAGCUUGGA